AACGUAGACAGUAUGUCAUUUUGAGUUGAGUUGGGUUAUAAAACUGUCAGUCAAAAUGUUAAUAAACAAAAUGGAAGUGUGAUAAAAAUAUUGGGCAAUACUUAGGAAUUUAUUUGUUUAUAAUUUAGUUAGUAUGUCUAUAUAAACAAUAAAGUUGCAAUGGAUAUUCUCCCAGAAGGGGUUAAUACCUCCUUUAAGAAGGGCCCAGGCCUCUAUGAGUUUCUCAUAGAAGCAGAACUUCAGCAGUACUUCAAUAGCUUCAAAAAUACUCUAAAGAUUACUCAUCCCUCACAGCUGAAAUUCACUACAGAAGGAGAUCUUAUUGAAAUAGGCAUGUCUAAGCCAGAAAUGAGGAGACUUCGGAAAUACUAUGAAAAACAUUUUCCUCACAAUUAUUUGUCAAAAUUUAAAAAAUUAUUAACUCAUAGAAAACAGGAGAGUACUGUAAAUGAUGUUGCUCUAUUAAAUAACACUGAUUCUAUGACUCUGUCUAAAGCUCCUAGAGUUUCCAGUAAACAUAUUAUACCUUCCUCAAGUAUUACUAUUAACAAGGAGUUAGGGAUGGGAGAAUUUGGAGUUGUUCAACAAGGAGUUUGGUGUAAUGAAGGGGAAAGAAUUCAAGUUGCAAUAAAAUGUCUAUCUCGAGACAGGAUGCAGAGCAACAUGGUGGAAUUUUUAAAAGAGGCUUCUAUAAUGCACAACAUCGACCACCCGAACAUCGUACGUUUUUUUGGAGUCGUGUUACCGAAUAUAGAGGGUAGUCUUAUGCUGGUAACGGAAUUGGCACCGCUGCGGUCUCUUUUGGAGUGCCUUAAGGAACCAUCUUUAAGGUCUAGCUUUCCUGUUCUCACCCUAUGUGAUUUUGCUUAUCAGGUCUGUGACGGCAUGCAAUAUUUGGAGGCGAAUAGACUGAUUCAUAGAGAUUUAGCUGCCCGUAAUAUUCUCGUGUUUUCCAAAAAUAAAGUAAAAAUAUCAGAUUUCGGUCUGAGCCGCGCUCUCGGCCAAGGCAAGGACUAUUACCAGACGAAUUUCAAUGUAAACCUGAAACUGCCCAUUGCAUGGUGCGCCCCAGAAUGUAUUAGUUAUUUACGUUUUACUACGGCAAGCGAUGUAUGGGCGUUCGGAGUUACGCUUUGGGAGAUGUUUUCUUAUGGAUUUCAACCAUGGGCUGCGCUUACGGGCCAGCAAAUAUUAGAGGCAAUAGACGAACCCAAUUUCCAAAGAUUGGAACAGCCAGACUGUUGUCCAUUGGAUCACUACAACCUAAUGUUGGAUUGUUGGCGGCACGAGGCUGCCUCAAGGCCUCGCUUUGCCGAUAUUGGACCAAUUUUGGCCGAUUCCAGACCUGAACAAGUCCAGGCUAAAAUCUCAUCAAAUGAAGGUCCGCACGUGUUAAGUUACAGGGUAGGAGAUGUGAUAACCGUAUUAGAUAAGAAAACUCAUCAACCUUUAUGGAAGGGAGCGACUGCGAGUGGCAAGACCGGUCUUUUUGACCCCGUCAAUGUGGUUGCCUAUCUCGGCAGCGAUCUUCCGAGUUCCUCGUUUUUGCGUUCGGAUAGCACUAGAUCUUCGGCGCGAAGAAAGUUGCGCAGCGAAAUGAUUAGUGCUCCACAGGGUGAUUUUAAGCACACAGGUCAUGUAGGAUUAGAUGGAGCUUAUUUCGGCGAUCUCAGCUGGAUGGAUGGAUCUAAAGGAAAUUACGGUACUCUCCCCACUCAGGUCGUAGCCCCUUACCGACCGCACAAAGACUUAGAAGCCGCCCCGCUUUUGGAUAGCGAUCUGGUACCGGCACCCGCGCCGCUUCAAGAUCACGAGUACCACGAAAUCAGCGACGAGGAAAACAUCCACAGCCCCAGUUUAGAUCUGGGUCCCUCCCUGUUGGCCGAAAUGGAGAUGAUGUUUAGCUCGUUGGGUACCCAAAACCAUUCUUUGGAUCACGAGGGUUCCAAUAGGAGUAAUGAACUUAGGGAGAAAUUGAACUCCAAGCCAAGGAAGCAGGCGACCGUCAAGCCCAUUUCGGCGAACGAUCAGAAGACACUCGACACUGCGAUCGCCAUUGCUAAUGAGAUAACUUCGAGAUCAAUGUCCGCACCAGCACCAACGACUCCCGCAUCGCCGAAUAAGAAAAAGUUUAGUUUUAAAUUUCCCUCCGUGCAUGAUCACGAUAAGCACAAUGAAAGAAGAAACUAUUCUGAAGAAGCACUGUCGACUUCUGAUUUGCAGUCCAAAGUUACGCAAGAGGCGCAAAUGGCUUAUGAAGGACUCGUGGAGAGCCCAGCUCAUGACGUUUCACAGUUGAUGGUAACCAAUCCUCUACGAAUUUUAAGGUCAGGGCAACCUAUAAUUAAUACCCGAAGUAGAUCUUCAAGUUUGGUCAGUACUCUUCCACCAAAAAUGGGAAGUUUGGUUAGGAGUUCAAUUCCAGACAACCUUCACGGCAGACAAGAAUUUUCUCACGCUACAUUACCUCGUCAACGACCACCUUCUCAUUCUUUUAUCUCUUCGGUACACAAUUUUCCCAGCCGGGACGAAAACCCCAUCCCCUUACCGCCUAGAGAUAAAAACAAAGCACUUCUUGCCGCCAAACCUCGCCACACCAGAAAACAUCCCCUUAUAAUUCCUCCUACUAGCCUUCAAAGAACUUUGGAUAAAGUCAACACCGUUUCGCCUCCCCCUUCCAAUGAUAUCAAUCCUUUCCAAAGAUCGGAGCCCGUGUACACCAACAAUGUUGUCAAUAUGGUUAAAAAUCCUGAAUCGCAACAUUUCGAGGAGCAGAUCGAGUCCAACUUGAAUGCAUUGGAUGAGAUACCAGCAGAACAUGAUGUUGUUGAUGGCGAGGAUGGGUUUGUAGGUUUAAAGGGAGAAGAUGAAAAGAUUCACAGUCACCAUGUGAGUUGCGAGGAUUUACUAAAAUUCGCAAAUUCCAAACCGCCUUCGAGAACAAGAGGAAAUGAUUCCGACGAGGUUAGGAUUAUGUCCAAAGUGUUAGGAAAAGAUGUAACCACAGAAAAAUGUCUGCUGGCCCUCGAUCAAUCCGAUUGGGACGUAAUGAAGGCUAUAAAAAUUCUCAAAUUACAAAACGUGGUCAGCGCCGAUUUGCCCAUGUGUUUCAGAGGCUUGGAAAACACAUCAUGGGACAUAACCAAAGCCGCUCAAUGGAUUUUGCAACAAGAUGAAGUAACUCAAGUAUAGAAAUAACCGAUUUUAAGCUUGAACUAGAUUGUGAUGAAUUAGAGAAGGUUCAUAAGUGUGUUGUUUGCAAAUUUUAGUUUUUUUAAUAUGCAGUCUUCUCUAGUACAUCAAAGUCUGUUGAAUAUGUGUUCUAAAACCUUCAAAGUGGCUCAUUUUUAUUAACAAGGGCAUUAGCAAUUUGUCAAAAUUUAAAAGACGUUGAAAAUGAUCUUUUGUUAAAGCCAUCAUCUUGGAAAAGAAAUACUGUAUCUCGAAUAACUAUGUUUUCUUAAGGCAAGUCUAUUCUGGUAACAUAAUAUACAUAAAUAACUGAAACCGCCAAACAAAAUUCAGUCAGCUAUGGCUAUUAGACUGACUAUACAAAAGGGUGAGUAAUUUAUUAAGAAUAAGGCCUGAACAAAAUUUAAAAUCGCUUGAAAUCAGUUACUCAUGUUAAGAUUCUAUUCAGCACUACAACUACAUUGCAUUAAGAUAAAAAUAUUUGUUCUCUUUUUGAAAUUACUUUGAAUAAUUAAAUUAUGGAAGCCAUUUUCUACGGUUGUAAUGUGAAAUAUGCAGAAACCCUAUUUUUUUCAAUACUGUGAACUGUCAGAUGCACAAAUAUAUUAAUUUAACUACUUAGUUCAAAAAUAGGGACCAGGUGGCAUAUACAUUACAUUUAAAAAAUAUAGGUGGCAUUUGUUAGAUAAUUAUAUAUUAUUUCUGCACUUUAUUACAUAAUUAAUAUAGUUCCUAAAAAUGACAGUUGCAAACUGCAUUUAACUUGUACUUAGUUUUACUUGUUUGAACAGGGUAUAUAGUGUAAUAUUCACAGCUAUAGUAACUUAGUGCCAUACUAAUACAUAUUUCUAAAAAAAAUAUGUACAUAUUUGAACUAAUCGAAAGGUUUUAGGAUGCAUAAUACUCAAACCGGCAAGUGUAUGUUUCUGAUUGUUAAAAACUUACUAAUUAGUUUCGUUAUUUUAAAAACAAGGACACAACACUGAGAAAUCUUGCGUUUUUAAGUAAUGUUACCUUAAGGAAGAGGUGAAAGAAAUAUACAAAAAAAAUGAGGAAUUUAGACAGGUUUGUGACUUUUGUUACAAGUGGCCAAACAAUGCAGGAAUCGUAGGUCAUUUCUCAAUAUACAAACUUAUAUUAUGCGGUACCAACGAUUUAAGUACUUCCCCAGUGUCUGGAUAACAAAGUUCUGCAUGUACCUUUCUCUUACUACUACUAAUAGUACUGUGGGUUACAUUGUUGUACUAUUGAAGAAAUCAUAGCUUUGUUUUGUUUAAAUCUGCCUAACGCUCUGUUUUCCUACGGAUUCAGCAGUAGUUCAAAUACUUUCUGAUAUUUCUUCUGAUCUUUUCAAUGUUUAUGUUUGUUUUGGAGAUGCAAGAUCGUCCAGGACGCGAAUCGUCUGCAAUCACUUCUCGCCCUUCGUUGAUUAUUCAAAAACCUGAAGGCGUGAUAAACACUCAUCUCCAUAUAUAAUUCUUUUAUUAAAGAAUACUUUUUUGUGACGAAUUUUCCGAGGUUCAUAAAGAAUUUUACAUUGACACGUUGCUUUCCUUGAACACAUGAAGAUAUUUCCUUCGAAACACGGACAGAUCAACUUCAAAAAAAGGCCACGACUCAAGCGGAGCGCAACCUUUACAAUGAUAAAAAUAGAAAGAUGUCUUGUUCCGUUUGACCUUCACGCUUGCGCUGGUUUUUUUCUAGCUACAUCUCGUAGUUCUAAGUCGUUUUAUUCGACAACAAUAACAAACACACUGUGACAUCUGUCACACAAUGGCACUAUUGGUAGCUUCGGUAACUUCUGUGUGCAGUGUUGGUUUUAGUUAAUUAAAAUAACGAAACUGAAAUGUAAUUGCAGUUUCAAAGAAAUAUCCACAGCAGCAUUGUCAUGGAUGACGUGCAUCGGAAAUUUCUUUGCAACUACUACUAUUGUUAACAAUGAACUGAAACUAAAAGUUAAAUAAGGUUUAUUCCAGCAUCAAUUAUUGACAGUUUCUGUCACAUGCACAUGUAUUAUUAGAAAACUCACUGUAAACAAUCUAGUAUACAUACAUGUUAUAGUUAGUUUCUAACUGCAGGUGGAAUAAACUUAUUGAUGUUUACAAAUGAUUUUAAACCAGAUGAUGUACGGAAUAUAUUAUGUCCUAAUUGUUUGGAUUAAACCGUGGAUUUGCUUUUCAAAGUUGUUUCAAAGAGAUGGUAGAAUGAAGUGAGCUAUUUGGAAUACAUGUUUUUAUAAUAAUUGAACCACAUACAUAUUAAAAUUAUGUGAUAAAAGAUAAUUAUAGUCAAUUUAUCAAGGCCUCCCGUAAGUAUAAUGCUUCCAGAAAUAAUUCUUAUUUUGUAUCAUUUUUUGGUUUAAUAACAUCAAGUAUUGACAUUUGAAUAAAAAAAUACUAAAGAUAAAAAUAAUUCGUGUACCAUCCAUUCAUAAUUUUGAUAUAGGUAAGUCAAUUUGAAAAAUCCGUAGAUAAUUUAUAUGGUAUCGUAAAUACAAAAAAAUAUCCCUAUUUCAUGUAGUUCAAUAAAAUAUUUACUACUAAAUAAGUUGAAAGAAUUGGUUACUGGAAGCAUGUAGAAAAUUGUAAUGAUUGGCUUUGCCGGUACAUUAUAAGAAUUUUCGACACAUAUUUAUCAAAACCUAUAAUUAUUAUUAAACGAGUUUCUAUCUCUCUUUAUAAUUAAGGGUAAAAAUGACCAAAAAAAGCAAAAAACUAGUUUAAAAAAUCAUUAACAUAUUUCUAAUGGUAUUACUAUCUGUUAUGAGGGUCUUUGGACUAUAAUAUUUUCAGUAUUAUUUUCGUAUUUAUACUUGCAAAAAAACAGUUCAUUCCAAAAAAAGAGCCAAAGCAAUAUAGAGACUUCUUUUAUUUUCUUGUUUACCAAAAAUGUUUUUUAUUGUGAAAAAGACUUCAUGGAACUUGGGUUCGUCUAUUUAUAUUUAGGUAUUUAAAAAGACCGUCAGAACAGAUUCUUUAAUUUACUGUAUCAAAUACAGUGAUAAUUAUAUUUUAAGUUUGAUUUAAAAUAAAAUUGUUAAUUAUUAAGAGAAAUUUUUCUGCCAUUCAUUUUAUAGUACGUUUAAAAUUUUACUUCUGCAGAAUUAUUUAUUAUUAUUGAGUUUAUUAUUGGUAUGUUUAUAAUAUUGGUGUUCAGAUUGUGAGAUCUGUGAAAUUAUCUAAUUUAAAACGCUGGGAAAUUUGAAUUUAGAAAAUAUGGUUUUAAAAUUUACCCUUUAGAGGAGUUUCUUUUAAUAAUCAGGAAUUAGUCAUAAUUACUUUUUAAUUGCUUGAUAUAAUUAAUAUAACCUUUCAAAAAUAUUGUGAAAUUAUUUUUAAAAAAUCUGAACUAAUAUAAAGAUGGAUAUAUUUAUUUUCCUCUUUUAAAUAAUGUAAACUGCUCUUAUUUUCAAUGGUUCUAAACCAUUUAAAAAUGCUAAAUUUUUGCAAAAAAUUGUAAAAAAAUUAAAUUUUCAUUAUUUAUACAUUUGUAAUUGCAGUUUCAACUUGUUCUUGUAGCAAUUUUACAAUGUUUACCAUUAGAAAUAAGAAUCUAAAAGCUUGGAUAAAUAUUUUUAAAGUAAAAAAAAAUAAUAAUAAACAGCGGAUGUCCCAUCAGCUCAAACUCAAGUGUAAUAAUUUCUGGUUGUGUUUAAGUUUUCUUUUGGAUUAAAAUUUUUAUUUAUUAUCUUGCCAAUAUAUUUAUAUUAUCGAUUUUUUUUUUAAUUUC